GAGGUACCCCAGAGAAACUGGAAAUAAUUAUGGGGAGACUCACACUUGUAGCAGGUUUGGGCUUGGUGCUCUGCCACCUUGCCUUUUCCAUGGAAAUGGGCUGCUACUUCACCAACUGGUCCCAGUACAGGCCUGGGAUUGGAAAGUACACUCCUGCAAAUGUCGACCCUUUCCUUUGCACACAUCUUUUCUAUGCUUUCGCCAUGAUCAACCAUGCCAAUGAGCUUAUCACAUAUGAGUGGAACGAUGAGACUCUUUACAAGGCCUUCAAUGAGCUCAAAAACACGAAUCCCCAUCUUAGAACUCUUUUGGCUGUUGGAGGAUGGAACUUUGGUUCCACACAGUUCUCCAUCAUGGUGUCCAGUGCUGCAAACCGACAAACAUUCAUUCAGUCUUCCAUCAAAUUCUUGAGAACUUAUGGAUUCGAUGGUAUGGACUUGGACUGGGAAUAUCCUGGAUCAAGAGGAAGUCCACCUGAAGACAAACAAAGAUUCACUCUGCUGUGCAAGGAACUCCUUGAGGCCUAUGAGGCUGAGGGCAAAGCCACUGGCAGACGCAGACUGAUGCUGAGUGCUGCUGUAUCUGCUGGCAAAGGCACUAUUGAUGAUGGUUACGAGAUUGCAGAGAUUGCCAAAUACCUGGACUUCAUCAACAUCAUGACUUACGACUUCCAUGGAACUUGGGAGCGAUUCACAGGACACAACAGCCCUCUGUACCAAGGCUCAAAGGAUGAGGGAGACCUUGUCUACUUCAACACCGACUAUGCUAUGCGCUACUGGAGGGAUAAUGGCACCCCGGUGGAGAAACUCAGAAUGGGCUUUGCUACAUACGGUCGCACUUUCCGUCUGACAUCUUCAGAUACCAGCGUUGGAGCUCCAGCUAGUGGACCUGCUUCAGCUGGAACCUACACUCGCGAGGCUGGAUUCUGGUCUUACUAUGAGAUCUGUGGCUUCCUGGAGGGAACAACAGUCCAGUGGAUUGAUGACCAGAAGGUGCCCUAUGCCACAAAGAACAGCGAGUGGGUUGGAUUUGACACAAAGGAGAGUUAUGAAACUAAGGUCCGUUAUCUGAAAGACAAGAAAUUUGGUGGAGCUUUCGUGUGGGCACUUGAUCUGGAUGACUUUGCUGGACAGUUCUGUGGUCAGGGGAACCAUCCUCUCAUGGGACACCUGCGCAAUCUUCUGGAUAUUGAAUUGCCUCCUCUGCCUCCCCCCACAACUGCCAAACCUGGCCAAAGCACCACAAGACCCACCACUACCACCACCACCACUACUCAUGCUCCAGGGCCAGGAUUCUGUAACGGGAAGCCCGAUGGACUUUAUGCUCACCCUGACCCCAACAAAUAUUACAGCUGCGCUGGAGGCCAGACAUAUGUGGAUAAUUGCGGAGCAGGCACUGAGUUUGAUGAGAGCUGUAAGUGCUGUGGCUGGCCUAAACACUAAGUGAUCACUGAAGGCAUCUACAUACAGUGAAAUGGGACACUGCACAUUUGAAUAAGCACACACAAAUGAAUCUAAACAUCUGCAACUACAGCUGUUUCAUACAAAGGGAAUUGCUGUAGACUGAACAUAAUUCUUUGUGCUUUAUCUAUCCACUUGAAUGUAUUUUAAAAGCAUGCAUUGCUUAUUUUUUGUUGCUAUUUUUUUAAAAAUCUGUCAACGUGACUGGUGCUCAACAAUGACUUCCCUUCAAAGCAAAAAACAAACAAAAAAAAAACUCAUAUGAAUAAACAAACCUUGCAACCACCAA